ACGGCACAACAUCGUUGUAGUCGAGGAAUUUUUGUCCAUCAAAAAGAAAUAAAUCCAGAGCAAUGUCUGCUGCCAGCAGUCUGCUGUCUGAAGACCAGUUUCUGUGCUCCAUCUGUCUGGAUGUGUUCACUGAUCCAGUCAGCACACCAUGUGGACACAACUUCUGCAAAAACUGCAUCACACGGCACUGGGAAGUCAACGCUCCAUGCCAGUGUCCCAUGUGUAAGAGGGGUUUCAACCAAAGACCUGAACUGCUGGUCAAUACUUUCAUAUCUGAGAUCACUGCACAGUUCAAGAAGUCGGUUCAAAGGAAAGCCAGCAGCCGCUCAGACCAGCAAUGUUCCAAACCAGCACAAGUUCCCUGUGAUGUCUGCACCGGGACCAAACUGAAGGCCCUGAAGUCCUGCCUGGUGUGUCUGGCCUCCUACUGUGAGACUCACCUGGAGCCUCAUCACAGAGUCACAGGCCUGAAAACACAUCAGCUGAUCGAUCCUGUGGACAACCUGGAGGACAGGAUGUGUAAGAAGCACAAUGCAGUGCUACAGCUCUUCUGCAAGACUGAUCUGAUGUGUGUAUGUCUUAUCUGCAAUGCUUCAGAUCACAAGUCACAUGAUAUUGUUUCUUUGGAAGAAGGAUGUACAGGAAAGAAAGCUGAUCUGGGGAAGACAGAGGCUGAAAUCAAGCAGAUGAUCCAGCAGAGACAAGUGAAGAUUCAGGGGCUCAAAGAGUCAGUGGAGCUCAGCAGGGAAGAUGCAGAGAGAGAGAUAGCAGACAGUGUGCGGAUCUUCACUGCUCUGAUGCAGUCUGUUGAGAGAGGCCAGGCUGAGCUCCUUCAAAUGAUCCAAGAGAAGCAGAAAACAACAGAGAAACAGGCUGAAAGCCUCAUCGAAGAGCUGGAACAGGAAAUCUCUGAGCUGAUGAAGAGAAGUGCUGAGGUGGAGCAGCUCUCACACACUGAAGACCACCUGCACCUCCUCCAACGCUUCCCAUCCCUCAACAUUCACCCACACACCAAGAACUGGACAGAGGUCCGAGUCCAUCGCUCAUCAUACGUGGGGAGUGUGAGGAGAGCUGUGGCUCAGCUGGAGGAGACGCUCAGUAAAGAGAUGAAGAAGCUGUGUGCUGAUCUUGAGCUGAUGAGAGUCCAGCAGUUUGAAGUGGAUGUGACUCUGGAUCCCGAUACAGCAAAUCCAUUUCUAAUCCUGUCUGGUGAUGGGAAACAAGUAAAACAUGGUGAUGUAAAGAAGAAUCUCCCAGACAAGCCAGGGAGAUUUACUUAUUUUAACAGUGUCUUAGCAAAGCAGAGCUUUUCUUCAGGACGAUUUUACUACGAGGUUCAGGUUAAAGGGAAGACUAGGUGGCAUUUAGGAGUGGCCAGAGAGUCACUCAAGAGAAAGGGACAAAUUGUGCUGAACUCCACAAGUGGCUGCUGGAUGUUACACUUGAGAAAUGGAAAUGAAUUCACAGCCCGUGGUAAUUCUGAUGUCCGUCUGUCUCUGAAAUCCAGGCCUCAGAAGGUGGGGGUGUUUGUGGAUUAUGAGGAGGGUCUGGUCUCCUUUUAUGAUGUGGAUGCUGCAGCUCUUAUCUACUCCUACACUGGCUGCAGCUUCACUGAGAAACUCUACCCAUACUUCAGUCCCUGUAAUAAUGAUUGGGGUGUCAACUCUGCCCCUCUGAUUAUCUGUCCUGUCAGUCACUCAGAUCAGACAAAUCAUUAGAUUUUGUCAAAAAGGAUUCAUUACAAUAUAAACUGAACAUUUAGAAGUGAAAUAUUUAGUGAUAAUGUACAUUUAUGCUUUCAGGUAAGGUUUGGUAAGGUGUUUAUGUGAUAUGCCCUGUUGUUACAGAUGAAAAAUAAUCUUUCCAUGCUGAAGAAUUGUUGUUUUAUCCAGUUUAAUAUCAGCUAAUCUAAUCACAAGUACAGAACUGUUGCUGAAUGCAACUUCAUUUUUUAAAAAAAAUUACUGAGAUCAUUGUAACACGUCGGUGGCAAAAUAUAUACAUCACAUUAAUCUAUUUUAUCUUGACAUAAUUACUAAGGAGAAGUUUGUGAAUGGGGAAGAACUCU